CCUACGACCCUUUCCCCUAUAUAUUAGUCAUGACUGACCUCUUCUCCAAGCAUGCCUUUGCAGUUCCAACAAAAGAGCAGUCCGCGACCACGACAGCCAAAGCCCUGUACAGUGCUGUGAUUCAGGUGGUGGGGUGCCCAGAAAGAAUUCUCUCUGACCGUGGGGGUGCUUUCCAGUCAGCGUUCUCUUUCAGAAGCUGAUCAGAACCACUGGCCACAGAGUCUCCCUGCAUUGCUACAGGCUUAUAAUAACACCACCCAUAGUUCCACUGGUAUGACCCCACAUUUCAUCGUAUUUGGCCGGCAUGCGCGCCUCCCAGUGGACUGGGUCGUAACUUCAUCCCCUCCCAAUUUAAGAUAUUCCCUGUCGGAUUGGGUGAAGCAACACUAUAGAACUCUGACACAAGCCUACAACGUGGUAAAGGCGAAUGUUCAGAGGCAACAACAGAAGGACCAGCGAAGGUACGAUCGACGGGCCAAGGUGGACUCACUUCUGCCAGGGGAACGUGUCCUCCCAAGGAAUUUUCGCAGACGUGCAAAGGGCAAGCUGGCACCGCGUUGGGGCCCGGAUGUCUGGGUGGUGGUAGCCCGACCUCGAGCGGAUCGACCCGUUUAUGUAAUCUGUCCAGAAGGCCAUGAAGGCCCCACUAAGACCAUCCACCGCAAUAAUCUGCGCUGUUGCCCAGUGAACAUAUCCAGAGAGGAUCCUUUGGAAGGGGAACCAUCUAUAAGCCAACCACAGCCCAUGUCCUGGUAUCCGGUCAUAGCCGCUCCACUCGUCCAUCAGCACCAGCUAACUGGUCAUACCUCCACCACCACUUCAGUCGUACCGAACCCAGAAGGAGGUCUGUUGUCUGCAGCUAGUGGAGUAGACCCAACGACACAGACCCCAAGCCCGUCAACCGAAGAGCCGAUGGGCGAACUGGAACACCGAGCGCCGCCUGAAACCGUGUCCUGUCUGCCAAGCCUCCCUAUGAUGAGUCCAACGGGUGGGGCAGUAAGGCGGUCACAAAGAUCCACCCGGGGGCAGCCCCCAACCAGGUACAGGAACAUAUAGAUAGUGGUCGGGACGACCAAUAGAAAAGUGGGGGGGGAAAUGUCACAGGCUGGCUCAGUUCUUUCUUUUUUUUUUCUUUUUUUUUUCUCUGCCUAAUUAGAGACAUUAGGGCCUUACUGUGUGAUGGUUUUACUGUGUGUGGAAACGUAUUCGCACUUUGAUUUGUAGUGUAUUCACUGUACGUAUGCAUCAGAAUUUGUAGUGGGUUUUGUUGUUUCUAUUACUUCUGCCCUAUUUGACUCUUUUUAGAUAUGUGUUCUGUACAAACCUGGCAACCCACUUCCUGUUUUUUUUACAAUGCCCAUAUUUGGACUACUUCCUCUCCCAAUAAUGUGACUUAAUUAGUUUAUUUGGUACUCAUUACUACAUUGCUCCUCUCUGCCCAUAUUUGGACUAUACUUCCUGUCACUGAUUGAAUAGACAAGAAUUGAUGAUUGCCUAUGCCUUGCAAUUGAUGAUGAUUUCAAUUAGCAAACUAAUGGUCUAACAACCACUCAUGCCCUGGUUGAAGGAUAUAAAAGCUGGUUCUUUGGAAGAGAGAAGGGAGAUUUUUUGUCUGGCUGCAGUUGUGCUGCGAUUAGGUUUCAAGGCCUUUCGUCUGAACGUUGAUGUACUACAACUAUAUUCCCUCAACGCUCUCUAUUGCUGCCUGAAGGGCCGUAAUUCUAUUUUUCUUCAACACAGUGUGAGUGCGUGCCCAUUUGAUACUCGUGGCUGUCGUGGUCAUUGUGAUUGCUUUCUUCCAGCCUCCGCUAUACGCAGCUUGUGGCUCCAGAGUCUGCCGUUUUCCUGAAGAUUGUGUGGCUACCCUCGAACCUCCCUCAACGCUCGCUAUUGCUGCCUGAAGGGCCGUAAUUCUAUCUUUCUUCAACACAGUGUGAGUGCGUGCCCAUUUGAUACUCGUGGCUGCCGUGGUCAUUGUGAUUGCU